GUUUAAGCAAGCCUCUGAUUCCCGUCACAUCUUCACAAUGCCUUCCAUCGCCGACCUCAGCGUUGAACUUGAAUCCAACGCCGUCGGAUCUGCCGGAGUUUCUACUCCUCCGAAACGGAGGCUGAGAUCCAAUUCGUCGCCGAUGAAGCUGAGUCCGAUGAAAUGCAAGCGCAUUGGAGUUUCUUCCGUCGCGAAAUUACGCAACGUUGAGGUCGAAUCGGAGAGGAGCGUGGAGGAGGUAGUCGGAUCCGGCGGUGAUUUGACUCCUCAGAAGCGGAAGUUGAGGUCCGAUUCGUCGUCGCCGAUGAAGCCGAGACCUGUCUCGUCGCCGAUGAAGUGUAAAUCGGCUCGCCGGAACCUCAGUGCUUGCACCAGCACUCCUGCAAAUGGAAUUGAGAAGUAUUUCAGUCAGAAAAAGCCUCAAGCCUUUUGCAAACCACCGAUUGUUGCUAAGCCGAAUUGGAAUCCCAGAGAUAAGGAGCAGAUGAGGAUAGUGAAGGAGGCAUUGCACUUGUCAACGGUCCCCUCUACUGUUGCGUGCCGCGAUGUGGAGCAGAAGAGGGUUCUGGAGUUCUGCAAGUCAUGCAUAGAGCAAGAGAAGGCCGGGAGUUUAUAUGUAUGCGGGUGUCCUGGGACCGGAAAGUCCUUGUCCAUGGAGAAAGUGAAACAGCUUUUGGUGAAUUGGGCAGGAGAGGGUGGAUUUCAGGAACCGGAUGUGUUGGAAUUGAACUGUACAUCGCUAACAAAAACUUCUGAUAUUUUCGCUAAGAUACUUGGUAAAUACCAACCUCAAAAGAAAGCUAAUGGCACUACCUCCCUGCAACUUCUUCAGAAAUUAUAUUCUCAAAAGCCUCAGUCAGAUGGGACUAAGAUGAUGUUGAUAAUAGCUGAUGAGUUGGAUUACUUAAUCACUAAAGACCGGGUAGUGCUCCAUGACCUUUUCAUGCUCACAACAUACCCAUUCUCAAGAUGUAUACUUUUAGGAGUAGCAAAUGCAAUCGACUUAGCUGAUCGUUUUGUUCCAAAACUUCAGUCAUUAAAUUGUAAGCCUAUGGUUAUAACUUUUCGGGCAUACUCUAAGGAUCAGAUUCUCAAGAUUCUCCAAGAGAGGCUUAUGGCACUACCUUACACUGUUUUUCAACCACAUGCAUUGGAACUUUGUGCCAGAAAAGUUGCUGCUGCAUCUGGAGAUAUGAGGAAAGCUCUCUGUAUUUCCAGGAGUGCAAUUGAGAUGCUGGAAGCAGAGUUGAGAGAAUCUACUGACAAGUUAAAUUCAUCAACAGCAGAGAAUCCAUUCUCUGAGCAACAGACAGCUCCAGCUCUUGCUCUGGUGAAAAAACAGGAGAUUGAUAUUGUGAGAAUUGAUCACAUGGCCAUUGCUUUGUCAAAGACAUUCAAGUCACCAGUAGUGGAUACCAUACAAUGUCUUCCUCAACAUCAACAGAUUAUAAUGUGCUCUGCUGCAAAGCAUUUCCGUGGUGUGAAGAAAGAUACAACUAUAGGAGAGUUAAACAAAUCUUACAUAGACAUCUGCAAAGCAACACUAAUUCCCCCGGUUGGGAGUUUUGAAUUUUCAAGUAUGUGCAAAGUGCUAAAUGACCAGGGCCUCCUCAAACUCAGUGGCCAAUCCAGAGAUAUAAAAUCCAAGAGAGUGACAUUGAAUGUAGAUGAAGGGGACAUCACAUUUGCAUUGCAGGGAAUCCGGUUUUUUCGGACUUGUCUUGAGUAAUUAAUUAUGUUCAGCUUAGAGCUCAAUGCUCCCAAUUUUGACAUCAAGCCUUUAGAAAAGAUGACAGAAGAAUAACAAAGAAAAAUGUAGUAUAGGUUAUACACAGGAGAUUAAUCUUUGUGAUUGCUUGUAAUAGCUGUUGUAGUACAUUCUUUACAUUGAAAACCUGAUUAUUUGUUGUACACUUGUACCAAAUGAAGCAUAUGAAUUAUUGAUUAAUAAAGAUAGAUAUUGCAGCA